AUGGCAACCUCUCACCCAAACGAGCAUCGCCAUGUACGCAGCGGUAGCCUUAAUAUUCCACAACAAGCCGGCCACCCAGCCGCUGCUAUGGGCGCGAUGCCCGCCGCACGGUUCGACGGGCCACGAAGCCCACCGAACACUGCUCAUGUCCCUUGCAAAUUCUUUCGUCAAGGAGCUUGCCAGGCGGGAAAUGCGUGUCCAUUCAGCCAUGACUUGAGCACAGCGUCGGAGACAGUUUGCAAGUAUUUUGCGAAGGGAAAUUGCAAGUUUGGUCCGAAAUGCGCCAAUAUCCACGUGCUACCCGACGGCCGCCGCAUCAACUACGGGAAAAACGGUGUGACGAUCGGAGCGCCGCCGGGCGUGGCGCUCGGGACCCGCGUCAGCCCGACAACGUAUCACCAACCAUCGAACAGCGCGCUGACAAACUCGUUUCUGCGGGCGGACCAACUACCGCCCUACACAACCUCAAGUCAAUUUGGUGGUCCGGAUGAGGCGUAUGGACACCAGAUAAUGGAAGGUGGUUUGCCGACGAUCGACACCACUUACAGCUCGAACCCGGCUUCUGUGUAUGGGUCGCCACGCGAUGAGGAUACAAACCGGCUCGGGCUGGGUCUCUCCCCAGCCAACGCCAAAGGUCUUUCAGUGAUGGACGCUCCUCUGCCUGCAUCAUUUGACAGCAACGGCAUUUCGAUGGCUGCACGGUACGGACCUUGGCCCGCAUCGGUGCCUUCCAAAUUUGGCCUCGAAUCCCCAUCUCCAUCACUCCAUUCCGCGCGAGACGCCCGCACAUCAGAGACCCUGAAGCUCUUGCAUACAUCCGCGUUUGGAAAUAACGAACAUUUAUCCCCUUCUGGGGUUGGCAUAGGUGACGCCGCUGGAUUCGGCAGUAGCCCCCCUGUCGGUUCUGCGAAUCUGGGCUCCGUGUUGGGAGGCGAGGAGUAUUUCGGGAAACGGCUCAUGCACAGUAGCGCAAUGCGGUACGCGAAACCGCGCCUAAUCAGCAGCAGCGUCCCGAAAAUUGACCGGGACUGGGAACCAGAGUUUAUGUUUGAGGAAGACUACGUACCGGGGGCUCUGGCGAACGAGGUCCUGACGCCAGCGGAAAAAGCGAGAAGGGGGUCGACCAGUACGGUGCGAAUGACGGAUACGGCGGAAUCGGGAGCCGAAUCCCUCCCAAUAGGGUCGACGAAGUUUGGUAGCCCGCUCGGUGCCAGUCCAAGCCGAUGGGGUCCCCUCUUCCAACGCCAGAAAGAAGAUGAAUUAGAUGGGGUUUCUACUCGCUCGAUGAAACAUGUAUCAGCGUUCGGGCAUGUGGGCAGCCCGCUGCGGAAUUCCAGCCUUGCGUCCGCUUUCACGCCGGAACACUCGGAAGGGUUUUCAGCGGAUGCGGGGAGCGAAUCGGUUUCUGCCCUCACCCGUCAGCUCCGGGAAACCCGUUUGGCCGAGAGCGGCCCCGGGGGAGCUGCCCCACAUCCUCUCCCGGCGGCCGUACGAAGCCACAAGCCAAGCGGAUCUGGGAUAAUUGGCAAGGAACGGGAACGUGAACGGGCCUUGGACAGGCACAUUAGCAGCGGCUCCAUUGGUCCCACGGUUACCGGCCGUUUCACUACCCCGAUUGACGAAGAAGAUUCUGCAUUCGUUUUCAGGAUGGAGGAAGAAGAAGAAGCGCAAUCUCGGGUCCGGAAACGUAUUUCGGGCGGGAAUCCCGGUGCAACUAGUCCUCUGAGUACCACUUGGAGCUACGCGAAUGUGGCCGCGACAAAUAGAGUCGGUGCCACAACCUCAAACGGCGGCAAGAGUGCUGUCAGCAAUACCGCCGAAACUGCCGCUGGACGUUGA